AUGAGUAGAGGUGGCCUCCUGAAAACUAUCAAGGACGCCGUUGAUAGCCUCCGUCUGGCUAUCGAGGAGCUCGAGGAGGGCUCUGACAAUUGGGAGGUCGUGGACGACGGCCCUGCUUCUUCUUCUGCUGCCUGUGUGCCUGCUGUGCCAAAGGCUCCUUCGGUUUCUUGUCGGCCCUCUCGCGAGGCCUCUUCAUCUUCUUUUCCGGGCCCUCGGGUCGGGGAUCCCUUGCCUGGGGACGCUCUUUUCCUGGUGUCUUCCUUGCACAUCUGUGACAGACGGCCCAGAGCCGAGCGCGCGUGGGAGGCUGGACUUCAGGCCGGUGCGGUGCUCCGCGGAGACCAGAGGGUUCGAGUCUUCACAACCUUUGGCAAGUUCAAGCAUUUCACAGGGCCUUUGGAAGGCAGCGGAGGCCUGACUUUGGACUGGCCGGCCGUGCCUCCCCGGUCUUGUGUUUUCGUGCCCCUUGUGGCCCGUCAGGGAGGUAUUUUGGCAGCCGUGCCCAUAGACUUCUUGGAUGCAAGCCUCAUUGCUGCCGGCCAGCCCGGGCCCAUGGAUUCCAUCGUUGGUCCCUCCCUUCAGGUAGCUGCAGACCUUGCCGAAGAGCAGGAGGAUGGCUCCCUGGCUCCCACAGGUACUCAGGCACAGGUCCUUCUGGUGGACUUCAACGAGGAAGUGGCCUCUUUCGUCUCUCGGUACGAUCCUGUCACAGGGCCGGUGGAGGUUGCUUCUUUCGACUCCGCGAGUCCUCACCUGCAGCUCCACCACCCUGAGCUUGCUCGCACCUGGAUUGCCUCCGAGGAGGGAAAGAGGAUGGCAUUUUACUCUGCGGCCGAGCCUGCCGAAGCCGAGCCCGCCGAGCCUGGAGGUCCCGCUCCUUCGGAGGCGCCCAAGCGCCGCCCAGCUCCGAAGCCCAAAAGGCAGACCAACGCUCAGCUGGCCGAUCAGCUGAGCAGCCUGGUGGAAAUGCUUCCCAUGUUGACCCGCCAAGUCCAGGACCUCGCUUCCAGGCAAACAGCCCUCGAGAAGAAGGCGGCCCAGCCCAGCAUAACGCCAGCCGCUGCUCUGCCGCCGCAAGUGCCAGCGCACAGGAUGCCUUUUCCCCUUUCGGGUUCCCUAGAGUUAGGAGAGCUUGGGCUGGACGAGGCCACAGGGGUAGGCCAACAGGCCUUGAGACGGCUUGCUCCUUCAGAGCCGGCCCCGCAGAGCCGCGAGGACAUGGUGUCCCGAAGGCCGCUGUUCACUUUAUAUGCGGAGCGCUUCGGAGGGUUUGGUUCUCAACGCGGUUUGGGGAUAAUGUUCUGGCUCGUCUGCAAUAUCCUGGACGCUAUGGUGGCCGGAGAUCACACAGGAGCCGAGGAGAUGGCUGCCCUAGCGGCGAUAGCCAUAGAACAGGCAGCUCAGGAUGCAGGGUCAUGGGACGUGGCAUACCUUUUGACUUUGAUGGAGGAUCCACCUCACCAGCUCUUUGCUCACCGGCCACAGUCUCAGAAUCCCCGUCUUCGAGCUUUCGGGGGCCUGACGCCACAGCCUUGGGCCACAACCACUUUGUCGUACAUCCGCGAGAUCGACACGAUUCAGUCGAGAAGGACGGAGGCCACAUCUUCGAAGGCCGGAGCCCAGGACACCGAGACCCCAGCCAAGCCAAAGAGGCCAAGGUUCCCAAAACGUCCCAAGGACGCCGCCAGCUGA